AUGCCCUCUAGCAAUCACAGUGUGGUGCCCAAAAAUUACCAGCACAUCAUGGCCUUGGUAUUUGCAGUACUGGAGAUAAAUGAAAACCCUCAGCUAUUACCAAAUGUCACCUUGGGCGUCUGCAUCUAUGACAGCUAUUUCAAUGCUCAGAGGACUUAUCAUGCUACUAUACUACUUACCUCCACAUUAGAGGUAUUUGUCCCUAACUACUUAUGUGACACCCAAAAACAGUUGAUAGCAGUCAUUGGAGGACUGGAUUCGGAUAUCUCUCUUCAUGUGGCCACUGUAUUGGAUAUCUACAAAAUUCCACAGCUAACAUUCAGUCCUGCACCAGUGAUGAAUGAUAAAACCCCAGGACUUUCCUUCUACCAGAUGGUCCCCCAGGAAGCCCUUCAUGCUGGGGACAAGAUUUCUUUUGAUGAAAGUGGAAAAGUGAUAGCUGCAUUUGAUGUUAUAAACUUGAUUGUUUUGUCCAACCAAUCCUUCCAUAAAGUAAAAGUUGGUAGGCUUGAUCCUCAGGCUCUUCCAAGCCAAGUGUUGACCAUCAACGACAAGGUCAUAAGGUGGAACAGCUUGUUUAACCAGGCACAACCUUUAUCCGUAUGCACUGAGAGUUGUUAUCCAGGUCAUAGCAAGAAAGUGAAGGAGGGGGAGCCAUUUUGCUGCUAUGAUUGCAUUCCAUGUCCAGAAAGGAAGAUUUCAACUCAGAAGGAUAUGCAUGACUGUUUUGACUGCAUGGACACAACCUAUCCAAACAUCAAGCAUGAUUUUUGCAUACCCAAAGCUAGAAUAUUCUUAUCUUAUAAAGAACCUCUGGGGAUCAGCUUAAGCCUCUUUGCACUUUCCUUUGCACUGAUAACAGCUCUGGUGCUGGGAAUAAUUCUGAAGCACCACAACACUCCCAUCAUCAAAGCCAACAACCAGAACCUCACAUACAUUCUCCUGAUUUCCCUUCUGCUUUGCUUCAUUUCUGCAUUGCUUUUCAUUGGCCAUCCUGAACCGGCGACAUGUCUUCUCCGACAAACUGCAUUCAGCAUCAUCUUCUCAGUGGCUGUUUCUUCUGUGCUGGCAAAAACUAUCAUGGUGGUUCUGGCAUUUAUGGCCACAAAGCCAGGAAGCAGGAUGAGAAAAUGGGUGGGGAAAAGCCUGGCCAACUCCAUUGUUGCAUCCUGUUCCCUCAUACAAGCAGGCAUUUGCAGUGUGUGGCUGGCAACCUCUGCCCCAUUCCCAGAUGUGGACAUGCACUCAGUGACUACAGAAAUCAUACUAGAAUGUAAUGAGGGAUCUGUGAUUUUAUUUUCUUGUGUCUUGGGCCAUCUUGGCUUCUUGGCUAUUGUUAGUUUCAUUGUGGCUUUCUUUGCUCGGAAGUUACCGGACAGUUUCAAUGAAGCCAAGUUCAUCACUUUCAGCAUGUUGGUCUUCUGCAGUGUGUGGCUAUCCUUCAUUCCAGCUUAUCUGAGCUCCAAGGGCAAAUACAUGGUAGCUGUGGAGGUUUUUUCUAUUUUAGCUUCCAAUUCUGGGUUGCUGGGUUGCAUCUUUGCACCCAAAUGUUAUAUCAUUUUGUUGAGGCCUGAGCUAAACAACAGGGGACAGCUAGUAAGAAGAUAA